AUGCAUGCUGAUGACUUCGACGGAGCACCAGAAAUCUUCAGGAACUACGGGUUCAUCGAGAAACCUCCUGUGAUGUGGUGGUUUAACAGCGUGAAAACCGAGCACCGCCAUGCUUGGAUCCAGCUAGACGACGAUGGUGCCACAAGCUGGUUUGCAGACACUGAAGAUCACGGGCCCGGUACUAACUUGACUGGGCUGGUGCUGGAGGGGGAAGCUCUGCUGGAAGAUCUCAAGGUGCGUGAAGAGCGCAUGGGUUUGCUGGUUGGCGCGGGGAGCGAGGAUGAGCCCUUCUCCUUUCAGGGCUCCAAUGGUGGCAAACAUCGCCGGAUGGCCUUGGCUUUCCGCCAGGCCUUCAAGACUGCUCUCAAAGCAGCCAUCAAGGCAGCCAAAGCUGAGACGAACGGCGGCAGGGUGGAGCUUUAA